AUGAGGGUCGACUUAUCUAAUCUUGUCGUGAACCAAACCGGGCAAGUUGAAAUCAACAUUGAUAAUUUAGAAGAUUUUUGGACACUUGCCAAUGUUAUUAGAGUUGGUGAUCGUCUUCGAAGCCAAAUUCGUAGAAAAGUUACAAAAUUAACAUCAACAGGAAACGCUGACAAGACACAGAAACUUGCAAUUGCAACAAUUGAAGUUACGGAAGUUGAUUAUCAACCAGGCGUUGACGAAAUGAAUAUUCGUGGUCGGCUAGUUCACGACCUCUUCGAUGCAAAGGAAGGAUCAUUCCAGCGUGUCCUCCUUGACGCAUCGAGACCGUUCACUCUUAUUAAAGAUUGCUGGGAUCAGUUCACACUUGAUGAACUCAAAGAAGCUUCUGAUCCAACAUUAACAGCCAGCAUUGCUGCUGUUAUCAUGAAAUCUGGCGUCGCCAGCAUUUGCGUCGUUGGAAGAAGUACAUCAGUUGUAUUUUCAACCGUUACAAAGGCUAUUCCUAAAAUCAGAACUCAUGGUGCUAGCGAUAAGCAUUCUACAGCUAAGCAGACAUUCUUCGGCCUUACAGCUGAUGCAUUAGUUAAAGUUCCAAAUAUUUACGACAUGCCAUCCAUUAUUGUAGCAUCUCCUGGUUUCCUUCAGCAUGAAUUCGUCACGUAUCUCAGAAAUAACCAAGUAAAUUACAAGUUCCAAAAUAUUUUCGCUACAAAUAGAAUUAUCGAGGCAACAAUUAGCAAUGGCGAUGCUGGAGAGCUCGACGAAGUCUUACUGAAACCAGAAGUACAGUCUCGUGUCUCCGUUCUUAAGGCUGUAACUGCUGCUAAAGCUUAUGACGAAUUUAUGUCUACAAUGGGCAAUAAUCAGAACAUGGUUUGCCUCGGAGAUGCAGAUGUUAUCAGAUUGGCUAAGGAAGGAGCAGUUAAAACCUUUCUUGUUACAGAUAUUUACAUCAGAACAUUAGAUUUAGCUCCAAGACUCGAAUUCCUUAACUUGAAGACAGACCUUGAGAAUAGCGGAACAGAGGUUGUUGUUUUCUCAUCAAAACAUUCAUCUGGUCUUCAACUUCAAGAACUUGGCGGAAUUGCAGCGAUUCUUAAGUACGCUGUUGAGAAACAGGAGGAAGAAUUCGAUGAUGAUUCUGAUGUCGGAUAA